GAGACCAAGUCAAGAAGGAGUAACCCACAAAAUACAACAACAACCCAUAACCCACAAGAAGAACAACAAUGCCUCCUAGGAAAACUGCCCGUGUUGUUGGUCCUUCUACUGAACCUACUGCUCCACGGGAUCGUAGCUCCACUCAUGCUUCUAACCGCAAACGGUCAGAAGAGGCUAAUAGAGGAAGGGGUAGAGGAAGGGGUCGAGGAAGGGGUAGAGGAAGGGGUAGGAAUGCUGAACAAGAGCCUGCUGUACAGGAUCAGCAGAAUGAUGAGAUUAUGGCUGAUCAGCAGGAUGAUGACACUGAGGCGGAGGAGGAGACUAGUGGUGAGGAGGAGGCUGAGGAGGAUGUCGGUGCUGACCUCGAGGCGGAGUUUGAUGAGGAGUCUGGUGAUGAGGACGAUGAGAACAGGUUGUGGUAUGAGGGAGGUCCGUUUGACCUUUGCUUGUUGACUAAGUAUGGCGAACAUAUAGCUCGUGACAUAUGGAGGUCAUACAAGCGGCCAAAUUAUGAGACUAGAGGUGUGCUCAAGACCUAUAAUCAUGGGAGGAUGUGUCAUCCUGUAGUCCAUCAUGCUCGGUACAUAAGGGGUGCGGUGCAUAAUGCAGGUUUGCGGUGGGUGAUGAAAUGCACAAGCCCGAGUGUUGACCAGAGCAUUAUUUCUGCUUUUGUUGAGCGAUGGCAUCCUGAGACGUCAUCUUUCCACUUACCAUGGGGGGAAAUGACGAUCACACUUGAAGAUGUCUCAGCAUUACUCCACUUGCCCGUAGAGGGUGAGUUCUUCUCCUUUGGUAAUCCGACUAGGGAAGAGGCGGCUCCUGCGGUUGCUCAGUUACUUGAUGUGGACAUUGAGCUUGUGAUGGAGGAGUUUGAUGCUUGUAGGGGUCCAUCUCUUCGCUUUAUCUUUCUCCAAGCUAUUGUGGAGAAACACGUAGAGGCUAACAAUGAAGUUCCUGCAUGCCGAGCUUAUAUGCUGCGGUUGAUUGGCAUGACCCUUUUCUGUGACAAGAGCAACACAUAUAUUGGUGUUGUGUAUUUGUCUCUGUUUGAAGAUGUUGAGAAUGCAUCAAGGUGGAAUUGGGGAGCUGCCACUUUGGCUUACUUGUAUGGUCAGCUCGGGGAGGCCAGUAGGAACGGUGCUAAGUCUGUUGCUGGUUAUUUAUCUCUUCUGCAGGUAUUGUUAUUUCUUUGUAAUUAUUGUUAA